GCAAAAUAUUGCUUUCAGGGGUCAUGAUGAAACAGUAAUAUCCCAAAAUCGAGGUAAUUUCAUAGAACUAUUAAAAGUUGUUGGAGAAUAUCAUGGAUCACUUAUGGCUCAUUUAGAUAAAAUUUGGUCAACGGAAAGAAAUCGAAUUACCUUUUUAUCCCAUGAAAGCCAAAAUACCCUUUUAAAUAUUUUGGGAAAUCAAGUGCGUUUUUCAAUAGUUAAAGAAUUAAGGGAUGCUGAAUUAUUUGCAGUAAUAAUAGAUACUACUACUGAUGUUUCCAACAUAGAACAAUUUACUUUUGUUGUGAGAUAUAUUUAUGAUGGUAGACCAUACGAAAGAUUAUUAUGUUUAGAAGCAGCCAUAGAUGCAACGAGUAAAGGAAUGUUUAAUACUUUUUGUCAUAUUACCAACAAAUACCAAAUUGAUUGGAGAAAAGACUUGUGCGCCCAAGCAUAUGAUGGAGCUGCUUCGAUGCAGGGAAAGUAUUCUGGAUUACGAACUUUUAUACAAAAUAAAAACCCUAAAGCAUUAUAUAUUUGGUGUUUCGCCCAUAUUAUGAAUCUUGUUAUAGUUGACACUUUGGAUAAAUCUAAAAAUUUAGAUUUUAUUCAAGCUCUUCAUCUAAUUGAUAAAACUAAGCAGCUAUUAGAAGCACUACGUUCAGAUGAACAAUUUUAUGAUCUUGUUAAAGAUGCUAAGAAGUUUGCUAUGGAUAAUAACUUACCAGAAACACAUUUUGAGGAAUGCCGCAUACAUAUAAGAAAGAAAAUGCCAGGGGAACAAGUAAAUAAGGAAAUUACUACUUCAAUGUCAGAAAAAUUCAAAAUUGACACAUACUUUAUGGCUUUGGACCUAAUAAUAUCUUCAAUUACCAAUAGAUAUGAUGAGGCUCGAGAAAUUUUAAAAGAUUUAGCCCUUCUCUCUCCAAAUCGGCUAAUGGAUGUUGCCAAAUCUACUAAUGAAUUGCCUACUGAUUCAUUUGUUCAUUUGUCACACUGGAUUAAAGACAUACAUUUAGAAAAAAAUAAAAAAGAAUAUAUUGUAUUUAGCAAAAACAUCACAGAGCUUAUAAGUGGCAUGACAUUACCUGCCAAACUUCAUUCCGAUUCAUCGCUAAAUACAGCGGAUAUUAUAUAUUCAGAUGAACAAUCUUCAUCAGAUGAAGAAUGUGUGAUUGAUAAAAAUACUAAAAAUAAUUGUACAACAGCAAUGGAUAUUAUGAAUCUAAUUUCAAGUUAUGAUUUAAAACAGGCAUUUCCUAAUUUAUAUUUGGCUUAUAAAGGUUUAUGUACCAUUCCAACAACAUCAGCUUCCGCAGAAAGGAGUUUUUCCAAGUUAAAUCUAAUACCAACGACUGAUUAA